AUGCCGCGCGCCGCCUUCCUGCUCCUCGCCGCCGCGUGCAUCGGCGGAGACGCGCAAAUACCACCGUGCCCCGCCGGCGUGAAAGACGACCUGAACUGGUACACGACGACGUCGAGCGGGAAGGUCCACGACUGCGCGUGGCUGCGCCUCGACCCCGACACGCGCUGUAAUAACGAUGGGCGCUUCCUCAAUUGCCCGGCGGCCUGCGGGAAAUGCUUGGGCGUCUGCCAGAACGACGAGCGCGACGACGACACUUGGCUACGGAAGCACGAGGCCGCGGACGGGCCCCACGGCUGCGCCUGGGCGGCGGAGGAGCCGCGGAACCGGUGCUUCGAGAUGGGCGCCGACGGCCGCCGAUCCGGUGAGGCUUGUGAAGCGGCCUGCGGCUUUUGCGUGGGAGCGCCGUCGUGGCCGCAUUCCGAGGGACCCGACGGUCCCAUCAUGGACGACGUCGACCCCUUCCCGGCGGAGGGCGCCGCGGGCGACGACGGCCCGACCGCGUUCAACAACGACGACGAGGUCGACGACAACGGCGUGGAAAAUGACGACGACGACGACGAAGCCGACGCGGCGUCGUGCGCCGACGACCCGCAGUGGCAGAAACUUGGGAGCAAGACGAAAGCGUGCGCGUGGGUCGCCGAGAAGUUCUCGCGGUGCGACACCGAAGGCGCCGACGGCAGAAACGCCAUCGAGGCCUGCAAGGCGGCGUGCGGCAUGUGCGCGACGCCGACGCCGGCUCCUGUUGCGUCAGAGCGCAAGGCGCGCGAGGACCCGUCGGCGCGCAUGCUGCCGACGGGGUACGUGUUCUUCCUUUUGGGAGCGUCGCUCGCGAUGCUCGUGUUGUGCGGCAUACAGUGCAAGAGUACGUUUUGCAGGACUCCGGUGCGUUAUGGCGGCGUGGGGAGCGACACGAUCAUCUCGGUCAGCGACGACCCGGACGACGAGGGCUUCGAGAUGUCGGGCUCGUCGAGUAUGGUGUGAGUAAGACACA